AUGUUUGCCAGUAAUGCUUUCUGGCGGUCAGACAGCGUCCUUGGGGCUUGCAUUACUGGCUUGCCUCUGAGAACCCUGCCCGACUCCACCCGCUCGGCAUCCUCCAUCCGCAUCCUCAGCAACUCGUCCCAGGGUCAGUAUCAUAAUGAAGAUGAUCAAGUGUUUGUUAAUACGCCUUUUAAAUUGAAGAAACAGCAAACACUUUUAAAAAAGGAACCUGUUGUUUUACCAGCAAUAGAAGCUGGUAGACGUCCGCCCCCUCCUGACAUAUACCAUCAAAUAUCACCUCACUCACCCUUACAGUUAUCAUUGCUACAAGCUAAACAACAAGGUGAAGAUGUGAGUGGGUUUUCAAAAAUAUUGCAUGCUUAUCCUAUAACAUAUGCUCCUCACCCUACUCAAGCCAAUGUUAGAAUUGCUACAUAUACAUCCAUUCCAUUUAAGAAUCUUAAAGAAUUGAAAACAGCUGCUACUCAAUAUGGUGCAACUGCACCAUAUACUAUUGCUAUUUUAGAGACCAUUGCAGCUGAAGUUGUUCCCCCAUGGGACUGGAAAGGCUUAGCUAAAGCUACCUUAACGGGAGGAGAAUAUUUGUUAUGGCUUACAGAUUUUAUGGAUUCCUGUUAUGAUUGUUCUCAAAAACCACACUUUCGCCAACAAGGAAUUACUCAUGAAAUGUUAGCUGGCACAGGACCGCAUGUUGAUCUGGCACAACAAUUAACUUAUCCUGCUGCGACAUAUGAUGCCAUUCGAGAAAUUGGUUUGAAAGCCUGGAAAGGGCUACCUAGACAUGGAACGUCUAGGGAAGAAUUAACUAAAGUCCGACAGGGACCAGACGAACCUUAUCAUGAUUUUGUAUCUCGUUUGUUACAAACUUCAUCUAGGCUCAUACAAGACACCGAUUCAGCUAUGAUUUUAGUUAAGGAAUUAGCUUUUGAAAAUGCUAAUAAUAUCUGUCAAUCCAUAUUAAGACCUUGGAAAAAUAAAUCAACAUUAAACGACUAUAUCAGAUUAUGUUCUGAUGUUAGCUCUGGAUAUAUUCAAGGCAUAGUCACUGCCGCAGCACAACAGGGCAAACCUGUUGAGCAAGUUUUAGUUGCAAUGCAAUUUAAGAAAAACAGAAGGGUUGCAGGCCCCCCUGGUAGUUGUUUUCAUUGCGGUCAAAUGGGGCAUCAAGUACGUCAAUGUCCUAAUAAAAAGAUUCCAAGUAAUAAUGGAAAAAAUCCAAAUUUAUGCCCAAAAUGCAAAAAGGGUAAUCAUUGGGCUAAUGAAUGCCGAUCUAAAUAUGAUAAGAAUGGAAAUUCUUUGACACAGCCGGGAAACUUCUCAAUGGGCUUGCCCCGGGCCCACCCAAACAAACAGGGGAUGUAUCCUGUGCAGGUGCAAACCUCAGAGCACCAGCUAAACAAUCCAUUUCACAACUCCACCGAGCCACUAGUCACAGUGCCGGACUGGACCUGUGUUCCUCCUCCCACUUCGUAUUAA